UCUUUUAGUUGUUUAGUUAUUGAGUCAAAGGCUUGUGAGGUAAGAAGAGAUGGGGGUAGGGUGUGCAUUACCGAGAAAGGAUGGAAAGGUGUGAGUUGUUUAUGGAUGGGUUUAGAGACUAUCCGUUGGGUGGCCAACUCUUUGGAGGCUUGUCUGAAGAAUGGGAGUAAUGGUUUUUACUCUGCUCGACGGGAAGGUGACAGAGGUUUCACUGCCCAGCGUUGCUCAAACUCGCGAGGCUCAUACAUGGCUUUGGCGGCGUAUGGUGGGGGAGGUCGUCGGAGUUACAUACUAAUUCCUCAAGACGAGGCUGGAAUUGGGUGGAGGAAGAUGAUGGUGGUGCUGAAGGACAUGGGCAGAGGAGGAGUGCAGGGGAGAAACCCACCGCAAGAGAUGGCUGUAGCUCUACCGCAGAGGUCGUACAAGGAGGCUCUAGAGGUCCCUCGAGCCGCGCAGUUUACUGUGAUGGCUAACAUGCAAAAGGCCCUACGGUUUGAAAGAGGAAAAUAUUUUGAAUGAGUUACGUGUAAUGCAAAU